AUGACGACGGCACUCAGCUCGAUCCCGACGCUUGCGUCGCUCUACACCUCUACGCUCUCGCGGCCUGCUGCUUCGUCCUUCGCCAGCAGCAUCUAUCCGUUCUCCUCGUUGCUCUCCGUCCACUGUGGCGACAUCACGACGCUGGAGGUUGAUGCGAUCGUCAAUGCGGCCAACACCUCGCUGCUCGGAGGCGGUGGAGUCGACGGUGCAAUCCACCGUGCUGCAGGCCCAUCCCUCCUAGCCGAGUGUCGCAGGCUCAACGGCUGCAAGACGGGAGAAGCAAAACUCACCGCGGCGUACGACCUACCUGCCAAACACGUGAUUCACACCGUCGGACCGGUGUAUUCAUCCCAUGAUCCGGCCAAAGCAGAGACGCUGCUCAGAAACGCCUACAACAACAGUCUGGAGGAGUGCAUAAAGGCAGGCGGAAGGAGCAUUGCAUUUCCAAGCAUCUCGACCGGCGUAUACGGAUAUCCAUUCGACAAAGCCGCCGCUGCAGCGCUAGACCAAAUCGGCCAGUGGCUCGAACAUGACAACAACCACAAAUCCAUCGACCGGGUCGUGCUGUGCUGCUUCUCACAAAAGGACUACAGCAAGUAUCUCGAUAUCGCGCCGUCCUACUUUCCGCCCCAAGACAUGUUUGACGAGUACGCAGAGACAUAG